CUAUCAGUAGAGGAACCAGAUUCAGAUAGUGAAAAAGGAGUGACACCCUGCUGAAGCUUUGAUGUCUGCGAAGCCAGUGAGUGAUGGGGAAGAACUUUGCGUGAGAUGCUGCCAACCCCAACUCGCAAUCGCUGGCCACCCACCACGUUCCCUGCUGCUUCCUUCACAUGGUCGUCCUCUGCCUCAUUCCUUGAUCCUCCUCCUCAGUUCACUGUUCAUUGAUCCUCCCCCGGCCCAUCGCUCGCUUGCUUCAGCUCUGCAGCAAGGAACCUGAAGAAACUCUUUUACAUUUGCCAGUAAAGAAUUCAAGAAUUGCGAUUGAAUCAACAAACAGAUCCCACCCUUGGAAAUAGAUAUAAAAGUGUCUCCCUUAUUCAUACCUUGUCUGCACCAGCUUUUUCCCACAUGCCAACGACUGUUGACUCCUCGUGGUAGAAGAGAGAAUGGGGAAGGCCGGCAAGUGGUUGAGGAGCUUCUUGACCGGUAAGAAGGAUGACAAGAAGGAGGCCUUCACUUCGCCAUUGCCAGCGCCGGAACCGGCACCGGCUACCAAAGAGAAGAAGCGAUGGAGCUUCCGGAGAUCGGGUGCAGCUGGUCGGAGCUCCAGUUCCUCGGAGCUCACCAUAAAUGCGCCGGUUCACCGGCUGUCGGAGGCCGAGAUCGAGCAGAAGAGGCACGCGAUGGCGAUCGCCGUGGCCACGGCUGCCGCGGCGGACGCUGCGGUGGCGGCUGCGCAGGCGGCCGCCGCGGUGGUACGCCUGAGCACCGCUUCUGCCCACCAAAAACCCACCACAGCGGAGGAAGAAGCCGCCGCCAUUAGGAUUCAAUCUGCUUUCCGAGGAUACCUGGCACGGAAAGCUCUGUGCGCAUUGAGAGGCCUGGUGAAGCUACAGGCUCUAGUGAGAGGCCAUCUUGUCCGGAAGCAAGCUGCCACCACUCUUCGUUGCAUGGAGGCUCUAAUUGCAGCCCAGGAGCGAGCUCGAGCACAAAGACUCAGAGCAACAGUAGAUUACCGUGACAUCCGAAGAAGAUCACCGAAGCACCCAAGAUCUAGACAUUCACAUGACAUGGAUCGAGGUACAGAGGAGAGCAUUAAGAUUGUAGAGAUGGACCUUGGUAUGUCAAGAAGCAGCACAAAGAGUGACACCAGGCUCUCAGGUUACUAUGGCCAUGGUCGGACUCCUUCCAAGGGAGAUCAGCAGCAACCGCAGUUCUCGCCGGCUCCGUCUGCCUUGACGGAGAUAAGCCCCAGGGCUCACAGUGGGCACUUCGAGGACUUCUCAUUUGCAACAGCACAGAACACUCCGCAUUACUUCUCUGCUAUAUCAGCGCCUGAUCCAAGGCAUUCCUAUGACUGCUCUUCCUUCCCCAACUACAUGGCCAACACCAAGUCCUCGAGAGCCAAGGUGCGGUCGCAGAGUGCCCCGCGACAGAGGGUGGACAUAAGCCGGUGGAGGCCGCCGCCGGUGGAAGGAUGGAACACUCUAAAGAGUGUGAAGAUGCAGCGAUCGUCCUCCCAUAUCAACGCCACAUCCAAUGGAUCUCUGUAUCAGUUUCCUUGGUCAGUGAAGUUGGAUAAGUCGAACAUGUCGCUUAAAGACAGUGAGUGCGGUUCGACGAGCACAGUGCUGACGAAUGCCAUCUAGUGCAGGAUUUCAGGUUCAGAGAAACAAGCACUGACGAGUUUUCUAACAAGUUUACUUGCAGCAUGGACCAUCACUGCAGUGUAAAUGUGAUCGAGUUUACAUGAUCGAAUUCAUGCUAUUCCUGAUUCAAGUGUGCUUCAUAUGUUUUCUUGUAGUCGCUAGCUGUGCUUUAUGCGCCUUCUUGCGGAAGCAGCUAUAUAUAUUGAGUAAGUCAGGCAAGAAGAAAAGAAACAUAUUCUAUACUUAAGGCUUGGGGCCUCGACGAUGUUUGUUUCAGAGUUCCAUGUUAGUUAUUCCUUCCAUUAUGGUUAUGGUUAAUCAAUUCUGUAAACUCACAUUGCGUAACACACAACUUCCUUCUUCAUGGAGGAGAUGAAUUCUCACUUGUCUCUUGAA